AAUCCCGACCUGGACUGACUUCCUGCCCGGGAGGCCCCGCGGCCUCGGGCACUGGGCGCGGGCCAGGGGGCGGCGCCGCGCCGAGUCGGAGGCGCUUCCUGGGCGCCGCGGGAGCGGAGGAGCGGAGGAGCGGAGGAGCGGAGGAGCGGGCGGCGCGGGACGGCGCCAUGGAGGACGGCGUGCUCAAGGAGGGCUUCCUCGUCAAGAGGGGUCACAUUGUCCACAACUGGAAAGUGCGGUGGUUCAUUCUUCGGCAGAACACGCUUCUAUACUACAAGUUCGAGGGGGGUCGGAAAGUGACCCCUCCCAAGGGCUGCAUCCUUCUGGAUGGCUGCACCAUCACCUGCCCCUGCCUGGAGUAUGAAAAUCGCCCGCUCCUCAUUAAGCUGAAAACUCAGACAUCCACGGAGUACCUCCUGGAGGCUUGUUCUCGAGAGGAGAGGGACGCCUGGGCCUUCGAGAUAACAGGAGCCAUCCACGCGGGGCAGCCGGGGAAGGUCCAGCAGCUUCACCUGCUGAAGAACUCCUUCAAGCUGCCCCCUCACAUCAGCCUGCAUCGCAUCGUGGACAAGAUGCGCGACAGUACCUGUGGAAUCCGGCCAAGCCCCAACAUGGAGCAGGGAAGCACCUACAAAAAGACCUUCAUAGGCUCCUCCCUGGUGGACUGGCUCCUCUCCAGCGGCUUUGCCGCCAGCCGUCUGGAGGCUGUGACGCUGGCCUCGGUGCUCAUGGAGGAGAACUUCCUUCGGCCAGUAGGCACCCGAAGCACGGGAGCCAUUCGCUCGGGGGAUCUGUCUGAGCAGUUCCUGGAUGACUCCACUGCCUUGUACACAUUCGCUGAGAGCUGCAAGAAGAAGAUAAGUCCCAAGGAAGAAAUCAGUCUCAGCACCAUGGAGUUAAGUGGCACUGUGGUGAAGCAAGGCUAUCUGGCCAAGCAGGGGCACAAGAGGAAAAACUGGAAGGUGCGGCGCUUUGUUCUGAGGAAGGACCCGGCUUUUCUGCAUUACUAUGACCCUUCCAAAGAAGAGAACCGGCCAGUGGGUGGCUUUUCUCUUCGUGGCUCCCUGGUGUCAGCUCUGGAGGAUAAUGGCGUUCCCACUGGGGUUAAAGGGAAUGUCCAGGGAAAUCUCUUCAAAGUGAUUACUAAGGAUGACAUACACUAUUAUAUCCAGGCCAGCAGCAAGGCUGAGCGUUCAGAGUGGAUUGAAGCUAUCAAGAAGCUAACGUGACAAGGACCUGAGGGAAUGGGACUGAGAUGCCUCCCUCUACACAGGAUUUCCUGGACAAUGGGAGUAUGUUAAGAUUUUUAACUUUUUAUAUUUUGUACUGCUUUGGAGUGAGAUUGGUGGAGUACCUUAAAGCUGGCAGUGGUGCUAUUGCCUUCCCCACCUUCAUUUACAGUUAACCUGUAAAUGCUGAAGCAGCCUUGUCAGCCAAGUCAGCACCUUGACUUUUGCCCAUUAUCACAACCAGCCAUUCCUUGGGUACCAAAGUAGGUCUCCCUUGUCACACUAACUGGCCAUGUAAUACUGAACAAAACACUGUAACCUCAUGAUGGAGCUCUCGGAAAUGCUGUCAGCACCUCUUAACUCCUUUGGAAUAAAUAAAAAUUGACACUUGUUCCUGGC